AUGAAGAGUAAUAUCAUAUUUUAUUUUUCUUUUUUUUUUGUGUACUUAUACUAUGUUUCGUGUAAUCAAUCAACUCAUAGUACACCAGUAAAUAAUGAAGAAGAUCAAGAAGAAUUAUAUAUUAAAAAUAAAAAAUUGGAAAAACUAAAAAAUAUAGUAUCAGGAGAUUUUGUUGGAAAUUAUAAAAAUAAUGAAGAAUUAUUAAACAAAAAAAUUGAAGAAUUACAAAACAGUAAAGAAAAAAAUGUACAUGUAUUAAUUAAUGGAAAUUCAAUUAUUGAUGAAAUAGAAAAAAAUGAAGAAAAUGAUGAUAACGAAGAAAAUAAUGAUGAUGACAAUACAUAUGAAUUAGAUAUGAAUGAUGACACAUUCUUAGGACAAAAUAACGAUUCACAUUUUGAAAAUGUUGAUGAUGACGCAGUAGAAAAUGAACAAGAAGAUGAAAACAAGGAAAAAUCAGAAUCAUUUCCAUUAUUCCAAAAUUUAGGAUUAUUCGGUAAAAACGUAUUAUCAAAGGUAAAGGCACAAAGUGAAACAGAUACUCAAUCUAAAAAUGAACAAGAGAUAUCAACACAAGGACAAGAAGUACAAAAACCAGCACAAGGAGGAGAAUCGACAUUUCAAAAAGACCUAGAUAAGAAAUUAUAUAAUUUAGGAGAUGUUUUUAAUCAUGUAGUUGAUAUUUCAAACAAAAAGAACAAAAUAAAUCUCGAUGAAUAUGGUAAAAAAUAUACAGAUUUCAAAAAAGAAUAUGAAGACUUCGUUUUAAAUUCUAAAGAAUAUGAUAUAAUCAAAAAUCUAAUAAUUAUGUUUGGUCAAGAAGAUAAUAAGAGUAAAAAUGGCAAAACGGAUAUUGUAAGUGAAGCUAAACAUAUGACUGAAAUUUUCAUAAAACUAUUUAAAGAUAAGGAAUACCAUGAACAAUUUAAAAAUUAUAUUUAUGGUGUUUAUAGUUAUGCAAAACAAAAUAGUCACUUAAGUGAGAAAAAAAUAAAACCAGAAGAGGAAUAUAAAAAAUUCUUAGAAUAUUCAUUUAAUUUACUAAACACAAUGUAA